CAACUUCUCUCUUUACGUACCUAUUAUGCAGUUUAGCCAAAAUUUCGAGUAACCAAUUCAAUUAGUCGAAUUUGACUGUAUUUUUUUAAAUAAUUUUUUUUUUAUUAAAAAUUAGAAUUAGUUCCUUUUUACUAUAGAGUAAGUCGAGAGAGAUCGAAAAUUCAAAUAUUUUUCAGAAUUUUCUGCUAGAUGUCGCUUAUUAAAAGUUAGGUUAGUUCGCAUUGUUUUGUCUUUGUGACAACAUAAUCAAAAGAAAAAACUUGACGAAAAAUAAUGAAAAAAUGCCUAAUCAAUAUAAAAGGAAAAGUGAUAAUAUACGAGGCAACUGGAGUGAAGAAUCACUAAAAACAGCCAUAGACGCUGUCAAAAUUAAGGGUAUGUCGGUUUUAGCGGCUUCUAAAACAUAUGGAAUUCCGAGGAAGACCUUAGAAAGGCGCAUUAAGAAUAAUAAUGAUAAAAAAGGACCUUUAGGUCCGUCUUCUAUUUUCGGAAUAGAAAAUGAGAGGAAACUAGCUUUGCAUAUUAUAGAAAUGCAAAAGAAAGGAUUUUCUCUAACUAAAACUGAUGUUCGAAUAAUCGCAUAUAGUUUUGCAGAGCAUUUGAGUUUAAAGCAUAGAUUUAAUAAGGAAGAGAGAAAAGCAGGCUACGAUUGGUUGAACUUAUUUUUGAUCAGGAACAAAGAUAUAAAAUUAAAAAAGUCAGGAAGGGUCUCCUUAGCUGAAGACAAAGCUGUGAACGAAUUGGAAUAAAAAAAAGUCAACUGAAAAAAUAGUUGAUAUAUGACAUGAAUUUGUCACCUUUGGCUUCAUGAAAAUUGCACUGAAUUUAUUGAUAAAUGAGAAGACAUUAAUCACUUUAAAUUAAGAAUUCUGAUAAAGCAAAAAGCCAAAGAAUGAUUUUAUCCCGGACGCCUAUUACCAACUUCUCCGGACUGAACCUAAUAAUUAAUUUUUUUAAACAAAUUCUACAUUUUAAGGGUUAAAAUAAAAAAAAUUGUUGAAAUCUUUUCAUGAAUAAAUAAUACUUUGAUUUUUAAAAA